AUGGCCGUCGCACAAGCAACUACUUCUGACCCUACAUCACAGUUCACCAACGGUCAUGCGCUGUCGAAUGGGGCUCACAAGGGCGGUGGAAAGGGCAAGACCCCUUUGACAAAGAAUGCGAAGAGGAGAGCAAAGAGAAAGCAAGAUGGGCACGAUGUUUCGGAGAGCGAGAGCGAUAGGGAAGCUGUGAGUGUAGCGUUUGCGCAGCCUACAUCCUCGACCGUGAUGGCGCCGGACGAUGCUGAUGGCGAUCCGCUGCGUCUCUCUGUCUUGCAGUCUGUCACGCCCGCACCCUCUGCCGGCAAUGGCAAGACGAACACGCUGGCUGGAAGCUCGGCGGAUGGCGAAGCUUCAGGCUCUCGCUCAACUUCCGCCAUGUUCGACCUAUCAAGCUUAGCUGAGGCGCCUGCUCCUGACGACCCAGCCUUCGCAGAGUUUCAGUCCGUCUUUGCAGCAUUCAAAGGGGACGAAGGCGUAGAGGGUCAAGCUGGCGGAGUGGAUGGAUCAGGUAAUACCAAGGGAGAAGUCAUCUACAGCGACGAUGAUCAGCUCUCCGACUCUGAAGGGGAAGAAGGGGCCGAUGGGGCAGCAAUAGAAGCGGCAGUACUUUCGAAGAGGAAACAGAGGAAAUUGCAAAGGUUGAGCGUGGCCGAACUGAAGCAGUUGACCGUCAAACCUGAAUUGGUGGACCAGGCGGAUGUGACUGCAAAGGAUCCUCUGCUGUUGCUCCAAUUGAAGGGCACGCGCAAUGCCGUGCCCGUCCCUCCUCAUUGGAACCAAAAGCGGGCGUACCUGCAAAACAAGAGGGGCAUCGAGAAGCCACCCUACCUGCUGCCGAGCUACAUCGCAGCGACAGGGAUAGCAGAGAUGAAGGAUGCGCUCAAGGAGAAAGAAGGCGAUCAGAGCUUGAAAGCCAAAACGAGGGAAAGGGUACAACCGAAGAUGGGCAAAGUGGACAUCGAUUAUCAAAAGCUGCACGAUGCCUUUUUCAAAUUUCAACAUCGACCCGACAGUCUGACCGGGUAUGGCGAGACAUACUACGAGGGCAAAGAGUACGAAACGAAGUUUACGCAGCGCAAACCUGGUGCGGAACUUUCCAACGAGCUGAAGGAAGCUCUUAGCAUUCCUCCUCUUGCACCUCCACCUUGGCUCAUCGCCAUGCAAAGGUUUGGUCCUCCUCCUUCGUAUCCUCACAUCAAAAUUCCCGGUUUGAACGCCCCAAUCCCUCAGGGCGCUCAGUGGGGCUUCCAUCCCGGAGGGUGGGGCAGACCUCCGCUUGAUGAGUGGGGCAUACCGAUCUACGGUGAUGUGUUGGGUACGGGCGAAGAGCAGACGAAGGAAGCUCAGCAAGCUUUCGAGGAUGAAGUCAGGAGAGAUCGGUGGGGCGAGCUGGAGCCUGAAGAGGAGGAGGAAGAAGAUGAAGAGAACGAAGAGGACGAAGAGGAUGAGGAGCAAGAAAUGGACCAAGAUGCUCAGAUACGUGAAGGAUUGGAAACUCCUCUGCCAGAAGGGUUGGAGACGCCUGGAGGUUUCCAGAGCGUGACCAGCACUGUGCCCGGCGGCUUGGAAACGCCAGACUUCAUCGAACUCAGAAAAGGAGCAAGAGGAGCUUCGAGCCAGUACGGAUCGGAAACGCCGGAACAGCGAAACCUCUACCAGGUGGUUCCCGAACAUCAGAACAUUCCAGGAGGCGCUGGGAAGGGCUUCAUGCCCAGCGAUAGAGGCUACGACUUUGCUAGUCUCGCUACUGCCGGUGAUGGAGGUAACGUUCUGGGCAGGGAGGAUCAUAGAAGCAACAAGGUGAGCAGCACUCAUGAUCAUGUGAGCGAAUUGCAUCAUCUUCGCCUGGUCGCUCACCCACAAUGUGGUGGUCACUUGCCUCUGUUCGUCGAUGCAGCGCAAGGCGGAUGACGUCCAACUGGCUCUGUCUCCGGAAGAGAUGCAAGGACUAAGCAAGGAAGAGCUCCAAGCUCGUUACGACGCCGCGAGGGCAAAGAAGGGAGAGAAAUUCAGGUUUUGA